GUUCUGAGUGCAGAUUCGUGUUCUCCCUGCUCGGAAACAUCUCUUUCAUGCGUCCACUUCUGGCCACCACUCUCGGAACACCGCUUGUCGACGUACCUGCUUCACCUGUAACACCGCUCCGAUGUCCCAACAGCUCGUGCCAUACUCGACCGACUUGCACCCACAGCUGCGUAACCCGCUGCUGGUUGCGCCGCAGGAGUUGGUUCCCUCGCUAGAAGAGCUCAAAUCGACCACGGAUGAGCUCAACGAGCUCAAGCGGCGCGCGGUCGAACGCGCGAGAAAGGCAGCUGAGGACCUCAAAAUUAUCGAACAGGAGAUGCGAAGGAUGCGCGAGAUUGAGAAGGGGAAGGCAAAGGCGUUACCGCAUAAUAGGAUAAAGCGUGAAUCGAGUCGUACACCAAGCCUUGAUCAGGACGAACGCAAUUUAUCUCCAUCCAUUACCUCGACAUCGACGGGUGGGCCAUCCUCGAGUGUUGUUCCUAUCAUCAACCCUUCCACUCCAGUACCCCAGAAAUUACCUCCAGGGAUGGCCAAAGUUAAGAAGAAACGGAAAAGAGAGGAUGAGUCUGACGCCGAACAUGAUUCACAAAGACCUCGAAAAACCACCCCGCUUCCCCUUCCUCAUAAAGAACAUCAUAUCAACAAGUCAAAGCUUGGCAACUCUUCGCAUCCUAAGACUUCAGUCGCUCCGGACUGGUCUCGCCCACCAACGCCACAGAAACUUUUGCCUCCACAACCUUUGCGUAUACCCACCUUACCAGCGGGGCCGCGAAAACCCAUCGAAGUGAAAGAAGACUUCUCAAAGGCCAAAGCACCCCAAAGUCAAGUACCGAUUACUACAUUUUACACGUCAAUAGAGCCUUGGUUGCGACCAAUACGAGAAGAGGAUAUCGGUUGGUUGGAGUACGAUGGGGAUACUUCAGGACCAUAUAUCAUGCCUGAGCUGGGUCGACAUUAUACGGAACAGUGGGAGGAUGAGGAUAUGCAGAUUUAUGGUGGUGUACCUUCAGCUUUGGAUUUUACGGCUUCGAGGAAUGCAGCGGCGAUUUCGAAUAGUGGCGCCCCGCCGAAUGCGCCGUUAACGAAGUGGGAUGCGACGACGUUGUCUGAUGCGGACUUGGCGACGGAUAAGGGGCUGGGUCCUGUGUCGGAACGUUUGGUAUCGUCGUUGCUAGCUGAUAAGGACCAGUCAGCAUAUAAGACUUAUAAAGAACUGGAAGAAGCACAUGAGGCGAAAGCGAGUACUUCAGGUUCAUCGUCUAAUGGACCCCCUUACCCGAAAGAGAAGGUCGUGGUGCCAGAGUUAGAGCAAAGAACUCUGGGCUUCGUCCAGUCUUGGGGUCUCAUUGACAGUGAACCUGAUUUCUCUAAUUCAGUCGACGACCAAAUCUCAAUCGCGCUCCGACAAGCCCAACGCCAAUUCCGUGAAGUAGCAGCGACGAACAAGGCGCGUCGUAUGCGGCUCGUAGAGCUCGCACGGGAAAGGCUGGCGUACCAGGAGUACGUCGAUAUGCGAGAAACGCUGGACAAGAACAUCCUUAGCACGUAUACCAAAUUACAAAAGAAAGAUGGGCCGAAGGUGAAUAAGAAGAAGAAAAAGGGGGAUUCGUCUGUUCCUGGUGGUGGGAGUGGUGCGGGUGCGAAUGGGAUUAAUGGUGUGAAUGGUGGACCUUCUACUGUGCCAUUACCGAAUCCUGCUUCGUUGGGAUUAGGACCGAACGAAGAUGGUGUACUUGCUGUUCCUGAUUCUCUCCGCGCACUUGUAGAGACGCGACAAGGGUGGGUGGAGGUGAUUGGUGGGAGCUAUGAAGAGAGGGAGAGGGAAUGUCCGGGGCGCGUGAAGGGUGUACCUACGAAGAGCGUGUUCGAGGGGAUAGACGACGAGGUGAAGAAGAUUUUGGGCGCUUCGGCGAUUUUCUUACCUAGCAAGACCGCGGAAUCUCCUGUGGAUAAGUUGGGAUAACAUACGCUGUUGGCUGCUAGGUCAAGGAGAGUGGAAAUUAAGGACGGUGGUUUAUAUUAUUCUGGUGUAACGUUAUGGAGAAAUCUUUCUUUCUGUUCUUUUCGUCUUCGACUUUUUUUUUUUUUGUUUCGUUUAGCUUUUUUGCAUUCGCUUUCACUUCUUUUCUCUCCCCGUUCUGUUCGCUUUCGUCUUAGCAUCGUUUUUCGUACUCGGAAUUCGUGUUUUUACAAUGUAUGCCUUUUAAAGGAGAUUUAACCUCUUUGUCGG